AUGAGCGGUCGCCGACCAGAGCGUGCACAACGAUUUCGAAUCGAGCAUUCCCAGCGAUGGCGGCUGAAUGUUCCGCAUCGGUUGCUGCAACCGGACGGACGAAUGAUGAAAAACACAUUGGCGACCUCAUCCGAACAUCGAGCCCGUUCAGAUAGGAGACUCUGGCUGACUCCGAAACUCAUUUCGCUGGAGGUGAUGCUAACCUUGCAUACGGUUGAAUCGUUCUAUGGCCUGCCGGAGCAGUUCUGA